AUGCUCGCAUUAGCCUGCAUCUGGAACCUACUCCCCCCUCGAUACUUUAAGUGGAUCUUCGGGUUGUCGAGUGGCAUUGUGAUUCUCGACUUCAUCCUCAACUUAAUUUGGCUCCCCAUCGCUACAAGCAACACUCUUGGCUUCCGAUCAACACACGAUGCUUUCAUGACGACGUAUAACGGCACUGGAGCCCCACCUGGUUGGAACUGGUGUCUUUCGUACCUUGCUACUGCUGGCGUCUUGAUUGGUUUUGAUGCAUCUGGUCAUGUAGCUGAAGAGACCAAGAACGCUUCAGUUGCAGCCGCUAGGGGCAUUUUCUGGAGUACUGUCGUGAGUGGUAUCGGCGGCUUUAUCGUGGUCAUUCUCUUCUUGUUCUGCGUGCCCGAUGCGAAAACACUCUUCUCUUAUGGCGGUCCUCAGCCAUUCGUCUCAGUAUAUGCUGCAAUCCUCGGUGAGGGUGGACAUAUCGUCAUGAACAUUGUUUGCAUACUGGCACUCUGGUUUAACACCGCAAUCGCAGUCACAGCAGCUUCUCGACUGGUAUUUGCGGUGGCAAGAGAUGGAGUUCUGCCUUGGUCUAGUUGGGUGUCCAAGGUAGAAGGGGGCCAACCUCGUAACGCUGUCUACGUCGUCUGGGGUGUCGCCUCAAUCAUCACCUGCACCAUCCUACCAUCGGCGGUAGCAUUCACCUCCCUGGUAUCCGCCGCUGGCGUGCCAUCAGCAGCUGCAUACGGUCUCAUCGCCCUUGCGCGACUCUUCCUAACACCCAAGAAUUUCCCCAAGCCAGCAUGGAGUCUAGGGCGUCUCAGCAAACCUUUUCAAGUCAUUGCGGUCUUUUGGAAUGGCUGGGUGGUAGCUGUACUGUACUCGCCAUAUGUCUUUCCAGUCACGGCCGAGUCGCUGAAUUAUGCACCCAUCAUCAUGGCUGGCACUACGAUCCUAGCCUUGUUAACUUGGUGGUUUACCCCGGCAGAGAAGUGGUUACCUAGCCAGAGGAUACAGCAGACUUUAGAUGCCGAUACGAGGUAA